AGUAGUCCGUCCCUUUGACAUAAGCACUGUAGUGACAUAUGUAAUUAUUUAUCAUUUUUAUAGUGGUGAUAGAUGGUGUUGCUAAAUAGAUGAAACUUUUAUGAAACCAUGAUUGUUCUCGUAGAAAUAAAUACAUAUAUACCUUUAUAUAGGUACAAUAUUGAGAGUUGUGUGAUUACCUACCUUUGAUAACUCUCAAAUAUGACUAGAAAUACUUAAUUUAACUGCAUCAUUGAAAAAACUUCUUUUGCUGUAAAAUAAUUGGUAAAAUGCAGCAAGAAGAAAAGCCAAAGUUCCUCAAAUUUCACCAAGGCAGUGUUCGAAGUGUUGCCUUCAGUCCAAGGGACCGUUAUCUCUUCUGUUCUGGAGCAUAUGAUGGCAAAGUCAAUCUGUACUCGGCUCUGCGUAUGGAGCUGCUCAUGUGCUACCAGAUCACAACCAUGACACUGGCUCGCAAUGUCAACGCCGUUCGGUUUACUUCAGAUGGCUCAAGGAUCUUGGCCGCGACAACUGCCAGGAGACUAGGAGUGGUAGAUGUUGAGCGAGGAGAACAGCUGUUGGCAUAUGACAACUGUGCUUACGGCGGCCGAGAGCGCUCGGGUCUCGCCACAGACCCUGUGUGCCCAAACAUGGCAGUCUCUAUCGCAGUCAACGGCAAGGGGCUGACUUUGCUAGACCUGCGCAUGCCUCUUCCAUUGGAUUUUGUUUACGAUUUACAUGAGAGCCUGAUCCGUGACGUAUGUUUCCUGCACGGCUCAUGGCCGUGGGCACGGGGCCACCAGUCCUCUAUCUUGACUGGGGGCUACGAGGGGACAGUCAAAGUCACCACCAUGGAUGGUCGGGUCCUCCACAGCUUCCAGACCGGCCAUUCAGUGAACACAGUGUGUCCCACACCUGAGACGUUUAACCACUGUGCUGACGACGGCUUCUAUAGUUUGAUACUGAGUGGGGGAGAGAUGGUUUCUUCUUACGUACCUGACUCUGGCAUCCAAGAACACCUCAAGGAGCAUAAAGAUAUGCCAAUUUGGAAACUUAAGUAUACUUCUCAGGGCAGUCUCCUGUACUCAGCAUGUGAUGGAGGAGUGCUGAGACGGUACAGACGCUAUCCUGACCAUCAUCAGUACCUAGGGGAAGUGUACAAACACAAAGGUGAUAUUCAGGAUCUCGACAUAUCUCCAUACGAUGAAUAUCUCAUCACCGCCUCUAAAGAUCGGUCCGUAGGUGUUCUGAGGCUAGGGGCACCGAGCCACGGCUGGACCGAGUACAGUGAGCUUACAUGAUACAAGACCACUGUCCUCGUCCGUGUACAUAAGAUGUACAAAGAUUUUGACUGUACUAAUUUAUUACAUACAUUUUAUACUUUUUCAGUAA